AUGUUGAAGUUUAAAUACGUGAGUCAGGGGAGCCUGGUCCCGAUGCUGUCCUCCACGGACCCCAUCGCCAGCCGCAGCUCGCGUCUCAACCAGGUGUUCCAGGGCCGUGCCAGCCUGCGGGGGCAGCCGGAGGGAUGCACCGUGGGCCGGGAGGAGUUCCUGGAGGCGCUGCUGCUCCUCCACCAGGAGUGCACCUCCCCGGAGCUGAUGAGCAAUCAUCAUGUGGCCAACUUUGUCAACAAGUUUUCUGAAGUUGUCUCUGAGCUGCAGGCCCUGCAGCCUGGGGUCGAUGACUUUGAACUGUGUUCGUUGGUCGGCCGUGGCCACUUUGCUGAAGUCCAAGUCGUUCGAGAGAAAGCCACAGGAGACAUUUGUGCCCUGAAAGUCAUGGACAAGGCAGUUUUGCGCACUCAAGAAAAUAUGGUUUUUCAUGAAGUAGAGCGGAGGAUCCUGGCUCUGAACACCAGUCCCUGGAUCCCACAGCUUCUCUACGCCUUCCAGGAUAAAGAACACAUCUACCUGGCGAUGGAAUACUUGCCAGGUGGUGACCUGAUGUCCCUACUAAACCGAUAUGAGGAUCAGUUUGAUGAAUCCAUGGCUCAGUUCUAUUUGGCUGAGCUGGUAGAGGCCAUUCAUACUGUCCACCAGCUGGGCUAUGUUCACAGAGACGUCAAACCAGAGAACGUUCUCAUCGAUCGGACUGGUCACAUUAAGCUGGCAGACUUUGGAUCAGCUGCCAGGCUGAAUGCUAACAAAAGAGUAACCGCUCCCAGAGUGCCUGUUGGCACCCAGGACUUCCUGUCCCCUGAGGUCCUGAUGGCAAUGAAUGGGGGCUCCUCUCACAGCACUUACGGGGUGGAGUGUGACUGGUGGUCACUUGGCGUCAUAGCCUAUGAGAUGAUCUAUGGCAGGCCACCCUUUUCUAAUGGCACUUCUAAGACAAUUCACAACAUCCUCAACUUUGAGCAAUUCCUAAAGUUUCCGCAGCAGCCGCACGCCAGUAAGCAGUUUGUAGACCUGGUGCAGAGCUUGCUGUGUGGAGCCAAAGAGCGACUGGGUUUCCAGGGGCUCCACUGUCACGCUUUCUUUUCCAGUGUCGACUGGAACAACUUACGACACGUUCUCCCGCCUUUUGUUCCUGCAUUGCACACUGAAGAUGACACCUCUAAUUUUGAGGAGCCGGAGCAGGCAGCCCCCCGGCCAGCCUCAGCAGCCCAGCCAGGAGCUCUGUCGGUGGGCUUCCAGGGCCUGGAUCUGCCCUUUCUAGGCUGGUUCUUCAGCAGAGCAUUGACAACAUUGGCCAAAACUGAAUCAGUGUCUGCAGGCCUCAACUCUCCAGCUAAGACCAACUCUAUGGAAAAGAAACUUCACCUGAAAAGCAAAGAAUUACAAGAAACCCAAGACAAAUGUCACAAAAUGGAUCAGGAGAUCUCCAGGUUCCAGCGUAAAAUGACUGACCUGGAGUCAGUCCUCCAGCAGAAGGAUGUGGAGCUGAAGGCGUCUGAGACUCAGCGGGGCAUCCUGGAGCAAGACCUCGCCACCUACAUUACUGAGUGCAGCAGCCUGAAACGAAGCUUGGAAGAGGCACGUGUGGAAGUCUCCCAAGAGGAUGACAAGGCCCUGCAGCUGCUGCAUGACAUCCGAGAACAGAGCAAUAAGCUGCAGGAAAUCAAAGAGCAGGAGUACCAUGCCCAACUGGAAGAGAUGCAGGUCACCAUCAGGCAGCUGGAGGAGGACCUGUCCGCCGCCCGGCGCCGCAGUGACCUCUAUGAAGCCGAACUUAGGGACUCCAGACAAACAAGUGAAGAACUGAAAAGGAAAGCUGUUGAAUACCAGCAGAGAAUCCAGAAGGCCAAAGAGCAGGGAAAGGCCGACGUGGAGGAGCUUCUCUCUAAACUUGAGAAGACUAACUCCGAGCAGCAGGUGAAAAUCCAAGAGCUCCAGGACAAACUGUCCAAGGCAGUGAAAGCGAGCACAGAAGCAACGGAGCUGCUGCAGAAUGUCCGGCAGGCCAAAGAGCGUCUGGAACGGGACCUGGAGCGUCUGCGAGGCAAAGGCGAUUCCAGUGACUCUUUAAAACGGCGACUCAGAGAGACAGAGGAGGGCAGGAAGACCCUGGAGAACCAGGUAAAGAGGCUGGAAAUGGUUGAGCGGCGGGAGAAUAAGCUGAAAGAUGACAUUCAAACCAAAUCCCAGCAGAUCCACCAGAUGGCUGAAAAGAUCCUGGAACUGGAGGACAACCUGCGAGAUGCCCAGUCGACAGCCCAGAGAAUGGAAACCCAACUAGUUCAAAAAGAGAGGCUUUUUGAGGACAAGAUCAAGGUUCUGGAGACCCAGAUGAAGGUAGACCUGGCAGACAAGGAGAGCCUUGAGGUCAGAAGAGCCCAACAUGAGGAGGAGUCCAGGGAGAACUGCAAACUUAUCGGUGAACAGAAAGCAACCAUUAAUGCUAUGGAUUCCAAGAUGAAGAACCUGGAGCAGCGCAUCUCUGAGCUGUCAGAGGCUAACAAGCUGGCCGCUAACAGCAGCAUCUAUACCCAGAAGAAUAUGAAAGCCCAAGAGGAGAUGAUCUCAGAGCUACGGCAGCAGAAGUUCUACCUGGAGUCUCAGGCAGGGAAGCUGGAGGCCCAAAAUGCCAAACUGGAGGAGCACCUGGAGAAGAUGAGUCAACAGGAACAGACCAAGAGGACCCGACUGCUGGAGCUGGAGAGCAGGCUGCGAGAGAUGGGCCUGGAACAUGAAGAAGAGAAGCUGGAGAUCAAGAGACAGGUGUCGGAGUUGACCUUGUCUCUACAGGAGCGUGAGUCUCAGAUUAGCAGCCUGCAGGCUGCACGUCAUGCCCUGGAGAGCCAGCUGCAACAGGCAAAGACUGAGCUGGAAGAGACCACCGCUGAGGCUGAGGAGGAGAUCAACGCCCUCAGGAAUCACAGAGACGAAAUUCAGCGCAAGUUUGAUGCCUUGAGAGACAGCUGCUCAGUGAUCACUGACCUGGAGGAGCAGCUUACCCAGCUGAGUCAGGAGAAUGCUGAGUUGAACCGCCAGAACUUCUACCUGUCCAAACAACUUGACGAGGCGUCCGAUGAGAGGGAGGACCAGCUGCAGCUCAGCCAGGAAGUGGACAGGUUGAGGAGGGAGGUGGCUGACCGCGAGAUGCACCUCAACAACCAGAAACAGAACAUUGAGACACUGAAGACAACAUGCAGCAUGUUGGAGGAGCAGGUGGUAGAGCUGGAGUCCCUAAACGACGAGCUGCUGGAGAAAGAGCGGCAGUGGGAGGCUUGGAGAGGGGCCCUGGAGGAUGAAAAAAGCCAAGCUGAGAGACGCACAAGGGACCUGCAGAGACUGCUGGACAAUGAGAAGCAGAAUAGGCUGCGUGCAGACCAGCGCAGCAGCGAGUCUCGCCAGGCAGUGGAGCUGGCCGUCAAAGAGCACAAAGCUGAGAUAGUGGCCUUACAGCAUGCUUUGAAGGAGCAGAGACUAAAGGCUGAAAGUCUGUCUGAUACUCUCAAUGAUCUGGAGAAGAAGCACUCAAUGCUAGAGAUGAACGCCCGCAGCUUACAGCAGAAACUGGAGACUGAGCGAGAACUGAAACAGAGGCUCAUGGAAGAGCAAGGGAAACUGCAGCAGCAGAUGGACCUGCAAAAGAGCCACAUUUUCCGCUUGACCCAAGGUCUGCAGGACGCCCUGGACCAGACUGACAUGCUCAAGACGGAGAGAACUGAUCUCGAGUACCAGCUGGAGAAUAUACAGGCUGUGUACUCCCACGAGAAGGUGAAGAUGGAGGGGACCAUCUCCCAGCAGACUAAACUCAUUGACUUCCUCCAGGCGAAAAUGGACCAGCCCACCAAAAAAAAGAAGGGUAUAUUUGGGCGGCGGCGAGAAGAUGUAGGUACCACAACUAACGGGGCACUGGUUCCACAGGCCCAGCCGGCAGUUCCCAUGCAGUACAGUGACAUGAAACUGGCUCUGGAGAAGGAGCGCUCAAGGUGUGCAGAGCUAGAAGAGGCUCUGCAGAAGAUGAGGAUAGAGCUACGGUCCCUCAGAGAAGAGGCGGCUCAUUUCAAAGCACAGGAACAUAUGCCUCCUUCCACUCCGGCCCAGGCUCGACACCAAAUCCUCAUGUCGGCCAUUGUCAAAUCCCCAGAACAUCAGCCCAAUCCCAGCAGCCUGCUCAACCCCUCCACCCGCUCUAAGGAGAUGUCCACACCUGAAGAAUUUGGUCGUCGUGUGAAGGAAAGAAUGCACCACAACAUCCCUCAUCGUUUCACUGUGGGCCUCAACAUGAGGGCUGCCAAGUGUGCCGUCUGUCUGGACACUGUGCAUUUUGGACGGCAGGCUGCCACUUGUCUAGAGUGCAACACCUUGUGUCACCCUAAAUGCUCACCGUGUCUUCCGGCCACCUGUGGGCUGCCAGCCGAGUACGCCACUCACUUUUCUGAGGCUCUGUGCCGAGAAAAGGCAAACUCGCCUGCGCUGCAAGUCAAAGAGGCCAGUGGGCAUGUUCGUUUGGAGGGAUGGAUGAAGCAGCCUCGAAAUGGAAAGCGUGGUCAGCAAGGCUGGGAGACGAAGUACGUGGUGCUAGAUGGAACCAAAGUAUCCAUCUUUGACAGUGAGCCCAGAGAGGACUGUAUGACGCCUGAGGAUGAGUUUGAGCUCUGUAUGCCUGAUGGAGAAGUGACAAUUCAUGGAGCUGUUGGAGCCUCUGAGCUCAUCAACACGGCAAAGUCAGACAUCCCAUAUGUGUUGAAGCUGGAGUCACAUCCCCACACCACCUGCUGGCCAGGCCAGUCUGUCUACUUCAUGGCUCCCAGCUUCCCUGACAAGCAGCGCUGGGUGGCUGUGCUGGAGUCUGUGGUGGCCGGUAGCCGUGGAUCUAAAGACAAAGUCGAUUCUGAUGCUAAACUUCUUGGGAACUCCCUGCUGAAACUGGAGGGUGAUGACCGUUUGGACAUCAACUGCACUCUGCCUCUCACUGACCAGAUUGUGUUGGUGGGAUCCGAGGAAGGAUUGUACGCUCUGAACGUCAUAAAGAACUCUUUGACACACAUCCCUGGGCUGACCUCCGUCUUCCAGAUCCAGAUCCUGAAAGAGCUUGAUAAGCUGCUGAUGAUCACUGGAGAGGACAGGGCACUUUGUCUGGUGGAGAUCAAGAAAGUGAAGCAGUCUUUGUCACAGUCUCAUCUCCCGGCUCAGCCUGACCUCAGUCCCUUCAUCUUUGAGACAGUGAAGGGAUGCCACCUCUUCUCCUCUGGGAAGAUUGAUAAUGGGACUUGUAUCUGCGCUGCUAUGCCCAAUAAGAUCACAAUUCUACGACUCAACGAAAGCCUCAACAAGUUCUGCAUCAGAAAGGAGAUUGAGACGUCAGAGCCCUGCAGCUGUAUCCACUUCACUGGCUACAGCAUCAUCAUCGGCACCAACAAGUUCUAUGAGAUUGAGAUGAAGCAGUAUGUGCUGGAAGAGUUCCUGGAUAAAAACGACGUAACGCUCGCCUCUGCCGUCUUCGCUGCUUCUUCCCACAGCUUCCCCAUCUCUAUCAUCCAGGUCACCACUGCUCCACAGAAGGAUGAAUACCUGCUCUGUUUCCAUGAGUUUGGUGUGUUUGUGGAUGCAUACGGCCGCAGGAGUAGAAAUGAUGAUAUCAGAUGGAGCCGUCUGCCUCUCUCAUUUGCGUACCGAGAACCUUACUUGUUCGUGACCUACUUCAACUCACUGGAUGUUAUUGAGAUUCAGGGACAUGCUGCUCUGGGGCCUCACUCAUAUGCACACCUGGAUAUCCCAAACCCACGCUACCUUGGCCCCGCUAUCUCCUCUGGGGCCAUCUACCUGGCUUCGUCCUACCAGAACAAACUGAGGGUCAUAUGCUGCAAGGGCAACCUGGUCCAGAGCCAAGAGGCUUUAGAAGACCUGCAGCGCAACAGCUCCGGCCGCAGCCCCAACAAGCGCGGGCCUCCAUCCUACAAUGAGCACAUCUCUAAAAGGCUGGCAUCCAACCCUCACGGAGACCCAGGCACACCUCACCGCUACCGAGAGGCUCGCACAGAGUUUCGACGGGACAAGUCCCCUAGCCGUCCAUUGGAGCGAGAGAAGUCCCCCGGCAGGAUGCUGGAGAGCCGGAUAGUGGGGGAGAGGUCCCCCGGACGAUUCGAAGAGCGCCAAAGGCUCCACACUGGCUCUGGACGCACACCCAUAAACUCUGUUAACAAGGUAUGGGACCAAUCAUCUGUUUGAGACACAGCAGAGCCACAUAGCCAGACAUGGACAGAGAAAAUCAUCUAUGAAAAAUGAAAGGAAGAAACUCGGGAACCAGUGAGAAUGUCACCAACUCAUGAUGAAACACUGCCACACAUCUGUUUUGCCUGACAUCUAAGCUGAGAAACCCACAGAGGAAAACAUCUGUAGCUGUUGCAGUAGAGAGAAAGAGAGAAAUAAAUAGAUGUCAUCGCAAUCAGGUCAUUUUUUCCUUAAUGAACUUACGAUGGUCAAGAAAAUGCAAUAUUACCAAUCUGAGCAGAGAUGUUUGGGAAAAGGGGGGAUGAGUAUGUGCUCUGUCAUUUGGGAAGGAAACAACCUGAUUUGAUUUAUUUUUGUCAACAACAGAAAGCUGUGACGUGAAUGACUCAUGAGUUUCUCUCGCUUCAGUUUACUGCAGACAGUAGAGACAGUAAUAGAUGAGCACAGCCGUAGCAACACGUCAAAGCCUAAAUAUUUCCAGAAGUCGUUCACUAGUGAAAAUGGCAGAAAACAGUAUUAUCACAAGUGGCAACUUUCCAAACUCAGCUCUGUCCUGUGUAGCUACAGAUGAGGGCAGGAGGGGAUGAACAACCUUUCUGGCUCCAGUCCUGCGCUGACACCUCAACACACAAUCAUUAUCGGCUUAUUACAAUCAUUCUCCACUAACCUCAGUCUCCUGUCGAGACUGUGGCUAGCUGAGGUAACAGGACUUAUCUCGAGCAAACCCUAAUUAGAACAAAAAUUCAAAUGAAUGAGCCCUUCCCACCCCUGUACAUCACACACACCGGAUGAUUGUCUGCCCUCAGUUAGGUCGACACUAAAACUGCACUACCCACAAUCCCCCAGCAGCGAUGGAGCAGGACCUUUAUAAUCCCUCAGAAUGCUAUCUGACUGUAAAUAGACGAGACAUAAUUUUAUAUAUUAAGAAGGAAUUUCAAGGCUGGAUUAAGCCAUGUCUAUUUUUGUUAAAGAAAAAAAAAAAAAGUUAUUACGUGUCCUCUUGAAUGUCCAAUGAGUAUUCUUUUAAUAUGUCCAAACGUCUUUUAACAAGUGAGUGAUUGUAUCUGGAUCCAGCUCUUGUAUGCACUUCAUCUGUCAAAGGCAAAACCUCAGUGCUACAUUAUAUGACAGGAGGGAAAAAAAUAGAUCAUGUAUGAAGCUUACAACAUAGUACUUGAGCAUUUCUUUUUGUACAAUGUCCCUGAAUAUUGUAAAUAGCCCAAAACUGUUCAAGGUGAAGAUGAAAAUAAUCUUUUUUUUGUUUUCCCUGACUCGUAAAUGGCAUGGAUAUGUAUAUCUGAAAUGAAACGGAGUGCUGUCUUCUGCUUCUGCCUCAUUCGGGUAAUAUUUUUAUUCCCCAGUUUUAAGAAUGAAGCACGUGAAUAACAUCUGUUCAUUUAACUAUUACCUCUUUGCACAGUUCAUUCUUAUCAUUUGAAUUUUUAAAGGCACUCUUGCUUGGCAAGCUCAACAUUCCAGUCUAAACUUCAAAGAAUCAAAUCCGUCCACCAUUAUUUUUGCUCUUGUUGAGCUGUUAUCUCUACAGACCUUCAUUCGAUAUCUGGAAAUAGAAAAUGCGUGUUUCUCAAAAUGUUUUUUUGAGAAUCCACAUUGCAACUUGCCCAGCGUGUCUGUCAACAGUAUUGCGCUCAAUAGGAAGAUUUUUCCGUCAACUUACUGAAUCCACUACUGUUCUUUUUUACACGUCACAAAUCUUCCUGAAUGUAUUCAAGCCAAGACGAUGGAACCGAUUUAUUGGUCACAAUUGCUCAACAGAAAGCACCCAAAGCUACAGAUUGCACAAGUUUUCUACUGCUGUCUUUAUAGGACUCUAUAGAAGAAGGGUUUCCCCAUCCUGUUUUAUUUCAUUUGUAUAUUGUUUUUAUAAUUAGCAUUUCUUUUCUCAUGAUCCUGAAUCACGAUGCCGUAACACUGGAUAUGAUAUUGAUGUCUGCUAACAAAUGUUUUAUUAGCGUUCUCCCUGUAGAGAUUUUGU